CAUGGUAUCUGGGUUAGGAUAAUGGUACUUGCUCUUCUCCUUGUAAUCUCCAUCAAUUUUUUAAAAAUGAAAACAUCCACCUUCCAUGAGUUACUAACCAUGCUUUUUCCCGCGGGUUUACGCAAUACAUCUCCGCUUGGACCUCUUCUCAUCGCGGAAUUCCCUGCGACUUCGGGACUCCUAUUCUGGCCAUCUCCGUUCCUGGUCAUCGAUCAUGGCUGCUGUGGAGCUGGCUACUUUAGCCACGAGAUUCAAGAAAAAAAUUUUUUCUCAAAAAAAAAAAUUAAACUGCACUAAAAUAAACCAAUGCCAUCAUAUGGCAGGUAUCCCGCAUGCUAAGAUUUUCUGGGAGAAAUGUGGAUAUUUGCCUUCCAAAAUGGGAUAUCCAUUGCCAAGGGACAUACACGCAAACUCCCCUGGAUAUCGAUUAUAUUUAGAAUCACAUCGUUUCGUUUUGGUGGUUAUCAUUCUCGAUCAAGGUAAGUGUUCUGACCAUCAUAAUAACAAUGGGUUCGUGGGUGCGGCUCAUAGCCUACUAUCCUCGUAACGGUUUUCUUUACUAUGGGGUGCAAUAUCUGAAGGAUCCAGGCGAUAUGCGAUAGUGGUGGCUCUUUGACUUUGGAAGGUAUAUCGGCAUACAACUGGGAGGUUAGGGGUGUGGCUUCGGAUACAGAUCCAGCCUCUCACACCCGAAGUAUGUCCUGGAUAGGGUCAGUUAAUUGAAGCUACAGGGGUACAGUCUGCAGACGGGGGUUAGCAGUGUGAUCUAUCCUAGUUUCUUCCUUCUCCCUCAAACUACUGGAAUCUAGUCCAAUAGAUUGCACUGUGGCUAUUAUAAAAAAAAAA